GGAAGUGUAUCGAUGGUAUCCUCAAGGAGAACCAAACAUGCUUAUUUUCUCUCCUCAGAUUGUGAGAUUAUAAAAAGACGACAAUGAUACCAAGGUCGCCACUUCUAUCAGUAUAAAAACACACGUGGCAAGGUGGACCACAGCUGACUAAAAAACGAAUAUCACCCAGACGCAGCCAUGAACAGAGCCCUGUGUUCCGCCCUUCCGCUGUCCAGGGUCGGCAGACUAUGCACAACCAGCCCUCCCCUCAGCGGUGGUUUCUUCCACUGGACAUGGGGCACUGUCCCCACACCCCCCUCACGCUCAUACUCCUCCAACAUCAAGGUGCGCUCCUACCUCCAGUACAUCAAACACAAGAUCAAGCCCCCCCCUAGCCCUCCCUACCCCCACGUGUGCCAGGUGGGCGACCCUGUGCUGCGAUCCCACGCCGCCCCCGUCGACCCGUCGGCGGUGCUGGGGUCGGAGGUGCAGGAAGUGAUCGGCGCCAUGGUGAAGGUGAUGAGGAAGCUGCAGUGUGUGGGGCUGAGCGCGCCACAGGUGGGCGUGCCACUGCGAAUCCUCGCCCUCGAGUUCCCGGAGAGCAUGUUGAAGGACGUGUCGCCAGCGGCGAGGGAGGCGAGGGGCGUGGCUGUGGUCCCGCUGAGGGUCUUCAUCAACCCCCAGCUCCGGGUUCUGGAUAGACGCACGGUUCUGUUCCAGGAGGCCUGUGAGAGCAUCUCGGGGUUCUCCGCCAGGGUUCCACGCUAUCUGGAAGUGGAGGUCUCAGGGCUCAAUGAGAAGGCAGAGCCAGUCACAUGGCAGGUAAGUGGCUGGCCAGCCAGGAUCCUGCAGCAUGAGAUGGACCAUCUGGAUGGGGUUCUCUACAUUGACCACAUGGACACCAAGACCUUCAUCAACAUCAAGUGGGAGGAGCACAAUGAGUAGGCUCAGUGGACAGAUUCCAGGGCUUGGAGGGCAUCAGUCCUCUUGGACUGGUGCUUUCUGGAGCAUUUACAAGACAUGUUAGGAGAGACUGUGUUCUGAGGCCCCUCAGAAGCCAACCACAGCGUGGUCCUGGACAUGAACACAUACCAGACAAGUUGAAUCUAUUGAAUAAAUCUUCCAAGGUUUGCUUUUUAAUUUAUUUGUGGGCUAUGUAGCCUGGUAUGGCUUAAACAAGUUAUUUUUGUAGAACCCAAAGCCUUGUGGUAGACAUUAAAAUGCCAGGGGUGACAUUUUGAUGUUCUGUCAACCUUGGCCAGUAGGUGGCAUGCUGCACACAUGAAUGUGAACGACAGACCACUCAUUGGAUGAAGAAACCUCUGGACAAUUUAUGAUGUUCACAAUAAUCCAAUUAUUUAAACUAGACCACUGUUUCUGAUUUCAACUAUGAUGUAAGACACUGUCAGCCAAAUCUGAUUUUAAACG